AUGACCGUUUCCAUUUCAUCGUCAUCCGACGUAAACUUGGACGAGGCGCUACAACGCUUCUGGCAACAAGAAAAGGUUCCUGCAUUACCACGCGCACGUCUCACCGCUGAGGAGCUAGAAUGCGUGAAUCACUUUCGCUCAACGCACUCCCGCGACAAUACGAGGAGAUACAUCGUCCGUCUACCGUUCCGAGCGGGGUGUGGAGAACUGGGCUCCUCCCGAUCCGCCGCACUUCGACUGCUAGAACGCAUGCAACAUCAGAUCCGGCGAGAUGCUAUCUUUGGUCAACUCUACGUCGCCUUCAUGAAGGAGUACGAGGCGUUGGGGCACAUGACGCACAGCUCUACCUCGUCAUCAACGGGCGCGAAUUUUCUACCGCAUCAUGGAGUUUUGCGGCAAAACAGCUCAACGACUAAACUCCGAGUAGUCUUCAAUGGAUCGGCCCGCACUUCGUCUGGACUCUCGCUCAAUGACUGCCUUCACGUUGGGCCUAAAUUACAUCAAGACAUUGACGCUGUUCUGCUUCGUUGGCGGGUUCACGCAUUCGUCUUCGCUGCCGAUAUUGAGAAGAUGUUUCGGCAAAUUCUUCUCCACGCGGACGAUCAACAUUUCCAGAAAAUCUUGUGGAGUGCUUCUGGAACCCCUCUGGAGUAUUUCUUGGGUACGCUGACUUACGGACUCGUCAGUUCACCCUAUCAAUCCAUUCAGACACUGCUGCAACUCGCCGACGACGAGGAGCAUCGCUUUCCUCUGGCCGCAAACGUUUUACGGUUUGACUUCUAUGUGGACGAUGUGCUUUUGGGUGAUGACACUCCUCAGCGCGCACACGAAAAAGUGCACCAGUUAACGAAUCUCCUCAAGGCGGGCGGCUUCAAACUACAGAAAUGGUCCACCAAUGAAAGCUCGAUCCUGGAGGACAUCGUCGUACCAGCACCAUCCAGCUCAUCCACCCGAGAGUUUGAUGCGGAGACUCGCAUGUUGGGACUGACAUGGCAUCCGUCGUCGGACACAUUCCACUUCAGGGUCAGUCAAUCUGAUUCUUCGGUCACGCCCACAAAACGAAUCGUUCUUUCUCGAGUGUCGCAGCUAUUUGACCCACUCGGCUGGCUCUCUCCAGUCACCAUCCUCGGCAAAAUUUUUAUUCAAAGCCUGUGGAAAGCUCAAGUUGGUUGGGACGAGCCGCUUUCUCCGUCCUUGUCUCUGCAGUGGAUGGAAUUUUCCAGGGAGCUAUGUAAUGUUCAAGCCUACGCGAUUCCUCGCUGGUUGCACACUCGUUCAGACUCUCAAACUCUCGAACUUCAUGGUUUCUCGGAUGCUUCUCAGAAUGCUCUCGGCGCAGUCAUUUUCCUGCGCACCUUUUCCGAUAUCGACGACGUGAAAGUCACAUUAGUUGCGGCCAAAAGUAAAGUCGCACCUCUGAAGAAACAAACCAUCCCUCGUUUGGAAUUAUCUGCUGCGGUCUUAUUCGUUCGGCUUCUGGCACGGAUUCGCAGCAUACUUAAGUACCAUCAUGUUCCAGCGCACCUCUGGGUGGACUCCAGUGUAUGUCUCGCCUGGAUUCGAGGAUGUCCCUUUCAAUGGCAAGAAUUCGUCGCGAAUCGAGUUGCAGUCAUUCAAGAGUUGGCGCCGGACGCUCGAUGGCAUCACGUCAUCGGCACUGAGAACCCGGCCGACUGUGCAUCUCGCGGACUUUUGCCUCGCCUUCUUGCUCAUCACCAACUUUGGUGA